CGACAUUCCACUAUAGUGAUUGUAAACAACAAACACAGAUAGUGAGACACCAAAGAACCUAAAGGGUUAAAAGAUUUUGAUAUAAAACAGUUUGUCAAACGGUUGAUACACAUUAAAGAGCCAACAAUGAAUCCGCUUGAUCCAGAGUUAUUAGAGGCUCUUAUGAUUGCCAGAAUGAACAACCCUGGGAUGUUUCAAAGUUUCUGGGAGUUGGAUGAACAAGGGGUAGAAGAAGAAUCUGAGGAGGAAAUACAGAAGGAUCCAAAAAAGAAGAUCUUAUGGGCUGCAGAGAAUAACUACAUGGACAUCGCCAAGAGUUUACUUGAUGAAGACCCUUCAUUGGUGAACAGUCGAGACAGUGACUUGUACACCCCUCUACACAGAGCCUGUUAUAAUGGACAUACAGAUAUGGUGAAGUUUCUCCUAAAUCACAAUGCAGACAUUGCAGCGCGGACAGAGGAUGGCUGGUAUCCUAUACACAGUGCAGCAAGGUGGAAUCAGGCUCCGGUGAUUUCUAUUCUGCUGGAACAUGGCGCUGAUAUCAAUGCCAGGACCAACAGUGGACAGACCCCACUGCAUCUGGCAGCUUCAGAGAAAGAAAAUGGAGAAACAAUUUCACUGCUUUUAUCCAACUGCAACCUUAAUACGGAGCUGAGGAACAGUUUGGGUGAAACUGCUGAAGACAUUUGUGCCAGAACAAGUGAACAUCAUAAGCUUUUUGAUGAAAGAAAAAAACAUCAGCAGAAUUAUCCAGGUAAUAUGGAUCACCAGGAACAUAAUCCAGGUUGUAUGGAUCAUAAAUCCGCAUCACAGGAACAUCAAGGAAAUGAAAGAGGAAAUGACAGUUGUACAAAUUCCACAGAGACAUCUAUCAAUGAAGAUCCCAAUGGGGAAGUAUUGAACUUGUCAGACAAUGUUGCUCAGGGAUUUGAAGAUUUAAGUGUUUCCAUGGAUACAAAUGAAAAUGAUGAUGAAAGUCAAGAUCAGCUUGAAAAUUGUCAAGAUCCAGAUCUUAAUGCCAUGGAUGAGAAUCCAUAAAUCUUGUUUCAAAAAUCCAUGCAGUUUAAAGACUUUAAAUCAUGUAGAGGAACAUGUAUAGUGUUCAAGUUUGUCCAAGAAACUCAUACAACAUCAUGCUUAAAAUCUCAGGUUAAACCUGUACAAUCACUUUGUUUAACAUUUUUUUUAUAGAUCUCAUUUAUUUGAUACAUCUUUAAAUUAAAUGGAAACCAGACAGGGUAUAUAUUCUUAAUAAAUUAAGUAUACU